AUGUACGAUGCUUAUUAAUAUAAUUAUACUGAAAAAUAAUAAUAGAUGUGUUUUGAGUAUUUAGGUGAUUUAUACAAUUAUGUCAUACGUCACCAAAGAUCGGCGAUAAUUCUGGUACCGAAAGCUUCAUCUCGGCCUUGAUUUAUCUCCUUCUCCAGUACGUACCUCGUCAAAGUGAUCUCAUGGAGCAAUUCAUUUUCCUUCUCAAACACUUCUCAUCACUGCCAUUAUGUCGAAACUUUCUCCCUCCUUGAAAGCUCUCAUAAGUGCACCUUAUGCUCGCCCAGGCUAUGCUCCUGCACCAAGGAACAUCCGCUCCGUUUUCCAAAAGAUUGAAGAGGAGGCGUCCGCGAACAAUGUUGGACUGCCAUCAUGGCUAACGAUCUCGACAGCUGCGACUAUGACCAUGAAUUCCCCCGAUUCAAUGCUAGAGCUCUUUCGACUUGCGACGAAGGAUAAGGAUCAUGCGCAUGCAGUGAAAACUGUGGAGCAGAUGAGGGAGGUGGGAUUAAAAUGUAUAGGUUUCAAUGGGAUUCCCAGAACAAUCAAUGUUCUAGGUCAGUUCCGCUCAAAUCUACCAGAUGAAAUCAUGAAUUCGUUGAACAAAACACCGUCUCGUGAAUUGACAACUGCAAAUGUUGAUGAUGCCAAAGCCCGAGGCCGCGGGCUAUGGGAUUCUAUCUAUCGUCCCUUUGAAACAAAACUACUCAAUAAACUUGCGGAAUCGCAUCCAGAUCUUCCAGUCUUUAUCCUGAAUUCUUAUUCUAGUCUCUUCACGACCACACAAACCGGAGUAGGCCCACAGGUCACCAGUCACGUAUUUGGUUUACGAAAAGCGUUUGAGGAUGGUACAUAUAAGGCUGCAGGCGAAGAACCUGUAGAGGGAGUAGAAUGGUUAGCAGGUGAGGAAGGAAAUGCUUGGAUUCUCAAUACAGUAGAUAAGAUUGUGGAAGCUAUUGGUGGAGAGAGCGGAGGAACUACAUUUGCCCCUGGAAUUAAGGCAAAGUUGUAG